AUGGAAAGGACAUCUGGCUCCGCACUGGCACUUUACUCGAUGAUUUCGCCUGUAACGAUUCACCAAGCGAAAAGUAGUAUUCGACUAGGAUUUCUCAAAGAACACUCCACUAGUGGCUUCCUCAACCUCCUUGUCGGCUUGGCAUUUGCUCAUACAGGGUGUUGGUUCUUGGCAUUCGCUCAAGUUGUUGCAAGUUGCCCUGCUCCUCGCCCAGAAGUACUUGGGCAGCAUUAUAAAGGUGAUGCAGGUUGGCAAGCACUGUUCUCGAUCUCCGCCUCCCGUCGACCGACGCUUUCGCCUAUCCUCUCUACGCAGGGAUUGCCUCUCUGUCCAAUAUUAUCUGAGACUCGUCUCCCGUCUUAUCCCCGAACGGCAAUGGCCCGUGUGACAGAUCAAGAGGAAGGCCCACACUCAGGACACCUUGGAACUGCAUGGGAAACUGCGGUUGUCGCUGUAUUUGCUGUUAUCAUCGUCGUCGUGGGCAUUGUCGCGUUCUACUUUCGUCGUAGACGUAUGCGAAGACGACUCACGGACCGUAUACACUCGCCCGCCAAUUUCACUCGGGAUCCAGAACAAGGAGCAAUAUCACCGUCAUUCGAAAACUCACCGAGAUCUAGAGAAAUGAGAGGUAUUGCGGACGUCGACGCGUCAAUAGCUAAGCCCGAACGUGCUGUGUCAUCAUCAUCACCUCGCCAAAGUCUUGUUUGUUUUAUGACACCCGCUGCGCCACCACAAUUAUGUAUUUUGGCAGACGUCGAAAAUCGCCGAAGUCCGCAUUGA